AUGGUGCUGGAGCUCUACCUGGACCUGCUUUCCCAGCCUUGCAGGGCAGUCUACAUCUUCGCCAAAAAGAACAACAUCCCUUUCAUGAUGAAGCCCGUUGACAUGCUGAAAGGGCAACACUUCACUGAGGAAUUUAACAAGGUGAACAUCCUAAGAAAAGUGCCUGUCCUGAAGGAUGGAGAUUUCAUCCUAGAAGAGAGCACAGCCAUCCUUCUCUACCUAACCCGGAAAUACAACACUCCCAGCUACUGGUACCCACCCGAUAUGAAGAAGAGAGCCCGUGUGGAUGAGUACCUAGCCUGGCAGAUCAGCACCAUUCGGGUCGGCACAUCCAAGAUCCUCUGGCUCAAGGUGGUGAUCCCGCUCUUUGUGGGCCAUCAAGUGUCCCCAGAGAAGCUCUAUGAAGCAAUGGAGGAACUGAACCUCGCCAUCCAGAAGCUGGAGGACAAGUUCCUGCAGGACAAGCCCUUCCUCAUCGGCCCAGAAAUCUCCCUGGCCGACCUGGUGGCCAUUGUGGAGCUGAUGCAACCCUUGGGAGCCGGCUGCGACAUCCUCGAGGGCCGCCCCAAACUCCAGGAGUGGCGCAAAAGGGUGGAGCUGACACUGGGGAAGGACCUCUUCACGGACGCCCACAGCCGGAUCCUGAACCCCCAGGAACUGAAGAGCAUCGUCAUCGACCCCCCCCUGAAAGCACAGAUGAAGCCCCUGCUCUUGAAGAUGCUAAAAUAA